UAGACUCUAGAUCAGCAAUCUCUAAUAAUAAUAAAAACUAUUAAUAAGCCUUCCUUCACAUCUGUAUUUCUCCAUAGCUGAAAGUAACAAACAUAUACAUAUAUCAUAUACAAAAUAAAAAUAACAAAUCGAGAUCCGCUACAUAUGGCUGCAAAAACCUCAACCAUACUUGUUUUAUUACUCGUAAUCAAUGUUCUCUUCCUUGAUCUGAACCUCAUUCCCCUUGUUAUGGCAGAAAAUACUUGUCCAAGAGACCAGCUCAAACUUUCGACAUGUGCAAAUGUUCUCAACCUCAUCAACUUGAAUCUUGGCGCACCAGCUAUGAGGCCUUGUUGCUCUAUUCUCUUAGGUCUAAUCGAUCUUGAUAUAUCGCUUUGCCUCUGUACCGCGCUUAAGCUCAGCAGUCUCGGCAUCAACAUCAACACUCCCAUUCACCUUAACUUGGCCCUCAACGCCUGUGGAGGAACCCUUCCCGAUGGAUUUCGUUGCCCAACAUAGCUACAAUUUAUUCAGAUUUUUGUAUAUGUUCUGGAGAAGAUUUCGUCUAACUAUAUUCAAAGCUAGAUUCAUGUCUAAGCCAUUAACAAUAUUAAUACUACAAAUAUGUAUGAUUACAAUAAAAAUCCAUAAAUUAACCUUUCAAUAACCUCCUCUCACACUAUUCCCGUGUUCUUCCCGUGUUCCAAUUCAGUACACGGAUCUCCGGUUAUAAAGCAAGCCAUGAGAUGAAGUAGUAUUUGGGUGUUCCGUAUGAAAUCCAUAUGCCCUUAUGCAAUAUUUAGCAGGCUGCAUCACACAAGUUAGUUUUCUCGUUUCUUUUUGAUUAAAAUCUAGGCUUCAAUUAAUCCUCUUUUUGUCCACAUAACCACAUCAUUUCGCAGCAAUAUAUAUCUUUUAUUCUUUUCUUUUGUAAAAGGGCUUCAGCAAUAUAUAUCUUCGCCUCUUUUUUUCAUUCCUUUGUCGACGUGAAUAUAAGUGUGAUUGACCAAAUUUCUUAAGGACGGAACUUAGG